AUGAAAAAUACACUAACCAUCGAUAAUGUAAUUAUAAAAUUAUCACGUAUUCAGAACUUUUUAUGUUCUUUACAUUGCACCUCAUGUACCAUCAACUUAAAUCCUCAAUUAAAUAAGAUACCAUCUUUUAUUAUUCCAUAUUCUGUAAUAGAUAAUUAUGAAAGAAUUUUUAAUCUUAGUACAAAUAUUCUCAAAAUAUAUUGCAAAAACCUAAAAAUUAUAUUCUUGGAAUUUACAAAUCUUGAUAAUUUAUUACAAUUAUGUACAGUUAUUGACAAUCAUGAUUCUCACAUAUUAACAAAUCUUAAUGAUGGUUUACCUAUUCCUGAUUUUUUUAAUCUUGAAAAAGAAUAUAGCCUCUUAAUAUUGAAUCUGCAAACAUGGAAGGUUGUGGAUAUUAACAAGGGAUAUAAUAUCUGUUCAUCAUAUCCUGAAAAAUUACCUAUUCCAUUUUCAGUAAGUGAACAUACAUUAUUUAAAUGUGCAUCAUUUAGAAAUAAAAACCGAUUCCCAAUUUUAUCAUUCAUAUAUCCUGGAUCACAAGGAUGCCUUUUAAGAUCAGCUCAACCAUUGAUUGGACUUAAUAAUACACAUUGCAAGUUUGAUGAAGAAUAUCUUAAUUAUAUAUUGCCAAAGGGAAAGAGAGGAUAUAUUGUAGACACACGAUCUAAUUUGGCUAUUAACAAUGCAAAAAAUUUAGGUGGUGGAACAGAGCAUGAAAGUAGGUACCCCCAAUGGAAAAAAAUCUACAUUCCUAUAGAUAUUACUUGUUUUCAACAAUCCUACAAAAAAUUGACUACUGCCUGUUUAGAUGUCAACAUAACAUCUGACAAAUGGUUAUCGGUAUUGGAAAGCUGUAAUUGGUUGUCACAUCUUCACACUUUGCUUAAUGGAGCAAAAAUUUUAUCAGAUUUACUCAAAAAUACAGGAUCUCCAAUAUUAAUUCAUGGUACAAAUGGCACAGAUGCUACCUUGCAACUAACAUCUUUGAUACAGAUCCUUUUAAACCCCGAAUGUCGCACGUUCAAAGGUUUUCAAUCCUUGAUCCAAAGGGAAUGGAUAUGGGCUGGUCAUCCUUUCAGGGAUAGAUGUAGUUCAGGGCCAUUCGCUCUUUCCGAUACAAGCAACAAUUACAUGCCUAACACCACGAACAAUAUCGAUCCACUUUUAGAAUCUUUAAACAAUUUUACCAAUUCUUCUACCAAUUUUUCUUCUUUCCUUAACCCUAAAAUUGACUCAAAGAAUGAGAAUAGUCCCACAGAUUUUCAAACUACGACAUCCGCUUUCAAAAAUCUUGGCCUUUGGUUUGAUUCGUACCUCCGUUUUCCUUUUCCAGAAGAAGCCACGCCACUUGUCCCCGAUAAAAUUCAAAUUGGUGUUAUUACAAAUACAAUGGACAACGGAGAAUUUAGCGAAGAAAUCAAAGAUAAUUAUACCUAUAAAAAGGACGAUAAAUCCUCAGGCGUUAACGUAUUAGAUGGAGGAGAUACAUGUAUUGUGACUGGUAGAGCCUCUAAUGAGCUCAAUUCUGAAGUCAGCGAUGCCAAUGAAAAUACCUUUGUUGACAAUAUAAGCAUCGUGGAUGAAGACGUAGUAAAUAAUCCACAAAUCGCAGUCGGUUCUGACUCAUCUUCGAGCGAUUUUAUCUUUACCGUCGAAGACGGGCUAAACGACAAAACCGAAAUCGAAUCUGAGAUCAACCCGAUAAUGCAGCAAGGCUACACCAUUCCUUUGCAGGCCCCAACAUUCACCAGGCAAAAAUGCAGUCUAAAAUCCUUCUCGUCGUCUUCUUCCCACUUUAGUGCCGCCACUCAGGGACCCAAAACAUAUUCUAAAAAAUAUAUCGGUCAUCAUAACAACGAGAAAGCUUUUCAUUCUUUCCAUAAAAAUGGUAAUAGUAAUAUUUAUAAUUACCGGAAUGAUGAAAGCCAUUCUUCCAGUUUCGAAGUCGUGAAUUCUGUCCUGCCCCAACCUAGCACUUUACCUUCAGCUGCUUCUCCCAAAAAGAUGAGCACAGUCGAUGGUAAUUUCGCUAAGCCCGGUAAUUAUGCUAGUAAUGGUGUUGGAGGCGGUGGAUUUUUGAAUAGAGCGAAAACUAAUUUCCUACAGUCGAUUCUCACUGGAACCGGACAUAUGAAGAGUAUGAAAGGUAAUACUCGUAACUGGAAUAGCGAGAAAUCAGAAUAUUCCACCUUAAACAAAACGCCUUUGCUCACGGAAAACUCGUUAUCUUCCUCUUUAUCGCAGCCUAAAGAUUAUGAAAAGGACCAAAUAGUUGCCAAGGAUGACGAAUUAGUGAUAACCGCUCAAAAUGUAGGCGUUGCUUCAAUGUUACCUCAUUGUGAUAACGAUUACGACAAAUCUUUCAUAGGGCUUAAAUUCGAUGGCCAAAAAUCGUGUGCCAUUUCUUCUAACGACGUAAUUAAGCGCGACACUGGUAUAAAUAAUGGCACCGGAAAACUUGGCAAGAGUCUUAUCGGUGCUAGUUUUCAAAGUUAUAAGCAAAAUUUUAACACCCUUCUCAAUUCCAACAUUAUCAACCCUUCAAAUGCAAACUCUACCAAUAAAACGAACGACGCGUUAGGCGUGAAUGGGAUUGAGAGAAACGCGGGAAAUAGUAGCGACAAUAUUUGUCCAACUUUUUUGAUAUUUUUGGAUUGCGUUUUACAGCUAAUGCGACAAUUCCCGACUUCGUUUGAAUUCAAUUCCGAUUUUAUUCUGUCACUAUUCCAACACGCCUAUUCAUCUCCAUUCGAUACGUUUUCUUGGAAUGAUUGUAGGAAAAGAAUAACGCGCAUGCCUACUUCCAAGAAUAUCUCAUAUUGGCAUUACGUCAAUAUGAACGAUGUUAAAAUCGGUUUUAUGAAUAUAUUUUACGAGUCUCAUUUACAAAAAACGCGAUGGGAUUCUCUAAAUUUUGCCGACGGCUCAUUAGAUCUCAGUACUAAUCCUCAAAAUAUUCAAUUAUCUUCGGAAUUAUUUUCUCUGUGGACCAUGUAUGACUAUCCCAAUGAAACAUAUCUCGAUUUAGAUAUGCCCACUCCGCCAUUUACGAAAUACGCUUUAACGGAAAAUUUAUAUCGAAAUAUGUCGCAAGAAAUAUCCAUGUUGGAAGCUAAAAUAAAAUUAAUCAAAAAAUACCAUAGUAUUAGGAUGAUUUCCUUAAAUAUAAGAUCGCUAAGUGACAAACUCACAAUUCUUAGGCAAACUAUAAACGAUCAACGAUACGACAUCCUCCUUCUACAAGAAACUCACUUGAAAGAAACGGAGGUAAGAAAUCUCUUAGAAUACACCUUAUACUGCAGCUCGAAUGCUGAACAUGUUUGGGCAGGUGUAGCAAUCUUAAUCCAUAACAAACUAAUUAAAUAUGUAAGCUUUAAUCCAAUUUCCAGUCGCAUUUGCUGUCUUACCUUAAAUAUUGUUUUUUACAUAGAGCUGGAAAAUAUCUUAAAAGAACUACCUCAUCGAGAUAGUAUCAUAUUAGCUGGCGAUUUCAAUGCCUCGGUUGGGAAGCCUAACAAUUCUACCUGCCUCGGGAACGCCACUCUAGUACAAAGAAAUACCUUCUUCAAUCAUCCUAACCAUCACACCAUGACCUACAAAAGCCCAUCUUUUGGCACUACCUCACAAAUUGAUUUCUUUGUAAUUUCCAACAAUAUAUUUAAGUGGGUGAAGGACAUAAGUCAUCAGCAAACUGAACUUCACCUUAUUUACGGACCAUUACCCACUAGGAUGCGAGCUAAGGAUAAAAAAUACCAUUUUUCCAAACCGAAAUCAACAUAG